GACCCCCAGGAAGAAGAUCAAUCCUCUUCCUCUGGGGAAUUACCAACGACAAAAUAUCACAACAGCCACAGUUCCCCAGGAAACAUCCGAAAAGUAAAACUUACACUGCUACUAUUUGCGCCUUACUGCUGUUGUUGAUUGGAAAAACGAGAUACUAAAAGAAAGGAGAUACUAAAUACGAGUAGUAGUAAGUAAGUAAGUAUGUCCAUUCCAUGAAAAUGAUAACGAUGAUAAAUUUGUAAUCUUCUCCAGCCACCGUCUUUUUUUGCCACCUCUCUUCCUCCCUCUCCCUCUCUCUACUCCAAUCAUCGGUUUGGACGGUAACCUGCAUCCCAAAAGAAAAACUAAACCCCAAAAAAAAAAAAAAGGUGCAAUCUUGCCGUUUGUCAGAGCCCGAGAUUCAAUUCCUGACUUCACUUGGAUGUUGUGAAUCGGAGUUUCGAAUCUAGUCAGCUCAAUUCAAUCUUUUCCGUCGGAAAAUCGGUAUUUUCCCUGGGUUGUUGCGGUAAACAUGUCUUUGUUAUCGAGAUAAAGAUUAGAAUUAGGGAAAUGCCGAGCGUCGGUUUGAAAUUGUACAGUAUCUAUUUUAAGUUUAUGCUGAAGCAACGGUUGCAGAACCGACUGCAAAACCCUCAAGCCGAUGAUGGCCUCAGCUCAUCCUUUGGAGUCACCUCUCGUCCUCGUGAGGAGUCCAUCGCCGCCGCCAAUCCUUCCUUCACCGACGGAGUUGCCACCAAGGACAUCCACAUCGACCCCUUGACCUCUCUUGCCCUUCGAAUCUUUCUUCCUGACUCCUGCCACGAUUCCGCUUUCAAGUCCCAAUCCAUCAAAUCAAGGGCUAAGGAUAUUCGACCAUUCGAUUAUUCUGAUCCCAGAUCCGAUCCGAACCAACUUCUUCUCCGGCGGAACAGCUAUGGCUCUGCCAAUGGAGUCACUACCACGACGCCGACCGUGACCGUCCGGACUCAGAAUCAUCGGAGAAAUAGCUAUGGCUGUAGCAGUGACGAUGUCAAUUUGAAAUCGGAUAGUGGGGUUUACGGAGGAUAUAAUCCUGGAAACAAAAAUUGUCGAAAAUUGCCCGUUAUGUUGCAGUUUCACGGUGGAGGGUUCGUGAGUGGGAGCAAUGCUUCGGUGGCGAAUGAUUUGUUUUGCAGGCGGAUUGCCAAGGCGUGUGAUGUCAUUGUGUUGGCUGUUGGUUACAGGUUAGCCCCUGAGAAUCGGUAUCCGGCUGCAUUCGAGGAUGGGUUGAAGGUGCUGCAUUGGUUGGCUAAGCAGGCCAACUUGGCCGAAUGUAGCAAGUCCUUGGGGAGCAAGCGGGGCGGUGGGCCAGAUUUGAGAAAGUCAGAUGUUCAUGGGCACAUUGCAGAUGCAUUUGGGGCAUCCAUGGUGGAGCCAUGGUUGGCUGCUCAUGGCGAUCCAUCAAGAUGUGUUCUACUUGGUGUGAGUUGCGGGGGUAAUGUUGCUAAUUAUGUGGCUCGAAAAGCCGUAGAAGCAGGAAAGCUUUUGGACCCAGUCAAGGUGGUGGCUCAGGUUUUGAUGUAUCCAUUUUUCAUUGGAAGUGUUCCGACACAUUCUGAAAUAAGACUAGCAAACUCCUAUUUGUAUGACAAGUCUAUGUGCAUACUUGCGUGGAAACUAUUUCUCCCCGAGGAACAGUUCAACCUGGAUCAUCCUGCCGCUAACCCACUUCUCCCUGACCAUGGACCACCUUUAAAGCAGAUGCCCCCAACAUUGACAGUUGUAGCAGAGCAUGACUGGAUGAGAGACCGGGCUAUUGCUUAUUCACAAGAGCUGCGAAAGGUGAAUGUUGAUGCUCCUGUUUAUGAGUACAAGGAUGCAGUUCAUGAAUUUGCAACUCUUGGUAUCCUUCUUGGUAGUCCUCAGGCACAAGCUUGUGCUGAGGACAUUGCCAUCUGGGUGAAGAAGUAUAUAUCACUCCGAGGUCAUGAGUUCUCUUACUGAGUUGGGUGUAUCUUCCUGCAACGACAGUCUUCACAAUAGACUUGUCAUCAGAGUGCAUGCCGUUGUGGUUUGUACCUGGUUCUUGAGGUGUCUUCUGGUUGAAGAGUAUACAGCAUCCUGUACGACGGCUAUUAUGUUAUAGCUGCUGAUGCUGAGGGUUCAGUUAUGGUUCAACUGCACAUGAAGCUGUAUACCAUGGUGUUUUAAGUCUGGCUCUUGUAGUAUCAAAUACUUUUGAGGUUGUGUUUAUUUCUUUUGUUCUUUCUUUCUUUUUGUAAGAUAGACACUUGCCAGAGCCCAGGAUUCCAUUGAAUUUUGUCGAGCCACGAGGUUUGUGUUUAAAAGUACCAUGGUGGACGGUGAUGGCAGAAUUUUCCCAUGUAUUAACUGUACUAGUACUUGUGAUUAAUAGAAUCGACAUUUUCAUUUUUCAA